AUGAAGACUGAUUGCCUGCCAAUAAUUGCCAAGUUCUGCGCGUUGCUGACGCUGUUCGGGCCGAGUCGCGAUGUUCGAGCACUCGAUAUACGAUCGUGCAAUCAAUCCUUGGGAAUGGAGUCCGGCGACAUACCGGAUUCGGCCAUUACGGCCUCCUCGUCGUAUGUGACGAACGUCGGCCCACGGAAUGGCCGGCUGCGGAAGGAGACAGCAGGCGGUGCUUGGUGCCCGAAGAGCCAAAUAGAAAGAGGAAUUCGUGAGUGGCUGCAAGUGGAUCUUCCCGGGCCACACGUGAUCACCGGUGUACAGAGUCAGGGUCGUUACGAUCAUGGCCGUGGCCAGGAAUACGUGGAGGAGUAUACCCUCGAGUAUCGACGUCCUGGGUUCACCGAGUGGCGGCGAUAUAAGCGCUGGGAUAACAAGGAGGUGCUGGCGGGGAAUAGCGACACCUCGACAGUGGUAUCGCAUCGAUUGGUCCCGCCGAUCUUCGCCAGCCAGAUUCGUAUUUUGCCGCACUCCGAGCACAGGCGCACCGUUUGCCUACGGAUCGAGCUGAGAGGCUGUCAAGACACGGGCGGCAUGGUGAGCUACACCAUACCGGAAUCCCCGACGGUCGAGCUGAGCGACAUCUCCUACGACGGCAAAAGGCAGGACAACUUGUUGACCGAUGGUCUAGGCCGACUGAUCGAUGGCGAGGUCGGCGCGGAUAAUUACAGGCUGGACAUGGGAGAUGGAAGAGGCACCGGAUGGGUCGCCUGGAUGCGCGACACCUUCGAGGACGAUUACGUCGAGCUGAUUUUCGAGUUCGAGGCAACCUGGAUUUUCGACGCGGUCCACAUCUACACCAAUAAUUACUUCUCCCGCGACGUACAGGUAUUCUCGAAAGCGGACGUCUGGUUCAGCCCCGACGGCGUCACAUACGAAGAGGAGCCAUUGUCUUACUCCUACAUACCGGAUACCGUGCUGGAGAACGCGAGAAACGUGUCCAUAGGGCUUCACGAGCACCGCGCAUGGUUCCUCAAGAUACAUUUGUAUUUCGCCGCCCGAUGGAUCAUGAUCAGUGAAGUGACAUUCGAAGGAACGAAUCCCUAUGAAAAUACCACGGAAGAGUCAGCAUCCGAGUUCAGUAACCGAGAAAUUCCAAUGAACCCCGAGGUGGAUCUCAACUUGCAAACAAUUACAGCAGCGGGAGAGGGUCAGGAAUAUUUAGAGGUACUAAUAGGUGUUCUGACUGCCAUUAUCCUACUUCUUCUACUGGUGUUCGUCAUUAUUCUACUUCUGAAUCGACGGCAAAAACUUCAGAGCUCGCCGACCGUACUGAAAAAUCCAUUUGGAUUCGCCAUAAACAUGAAGGGACUCCUCCUAAAUUUAACUCCCGGUGGAAUGCUGGCAGAGACUGCCAAUCACGUAUCGCCGGACAUGCCGGAAGACGGAAGCAUGCACGAGUCUUUGACAAUGGAACAAUUCAAUUCACCCCUUGUCAGCCCGCAGUAUAAAUCUACAUACGCGAUAGUCGCCACUUCCGAAUCCCCGAAAGACCUGAAGGAUGUGAACGUCUCAGAGGAGAACGUUCGACUCGAUACGAGACCAGAAUCGACCAUAGGGCCACCGAGUUGCUCCUCGUCGCCGACCAACUCUCCUGCCCGGCAUUCUCAACACUACAGGACUCUUCAAAGUUACACCAGUCCAACUGCGAAACUCAAUAUCGCGGCCACGUCUAAUCACCAGCGGGACGUCGAUCAGAUUCACUCGAAACGCUGGCACACAGCACCUAAAGAGAAACACAAGAUACCCGCACCUGUCGUCAGCUGGAACAUCGCACCCAGCAUGAACAAACCUUACAAGUGCAAGGAGAUAGAGCCCACAAAUAUACCGCGACAGUGCCUACGUACCACGGAGAAACUUGGCUCGAGGAACAUCGGCGAGGCGAUAGUGUGCGAGGCGGUCGGAUUAGAGGACGUGGUGGCAGAUGCCUCAAGAUUGGUUGUCGCUCGAGUACCCGUUUCCACCAGCGACAUCCGGUCAGGCAGCACAGCCGAUCAAAUGAGAGAAGUCCGAUUUCUGUCGAGCCUGUCCGAUCCGAACGUGGCUAGGAUCCUGGGAGUGUGCACCGUGGAACCAGUCCCAUGGACGAUCAUCGAGUACACGGAACUCGGUGAUCUCGCCCAUUAUCUUCAGUACAGUGUGCCACUUACGGGAACGCUUAGGCCAAGCUGCAAUUUGAAAGCCCUUAGUCAAAGCUGCUUGCUGUACAUGGGGACUCAGAUAGCAUCGGGCAUGAGGUUCCUCGAGUCGAAGAAUCUGGUGCACAAGGACCUGGCAGCCAGAAACUGUCUAGUGGGCCGCUCUUACACCGUGAAAGUGACCGACAUAGCGAUGUGCAGUGACCUUUACAAGAAGGAUUACAAUGACAUACGAGGCAGACCGCCGGCGCCAAUCAGAUGGCUGCCGUGGGAAAGCAUUCUGCUGGACAGGUACACUUGCUCGAGUAGCGUCUGGUCGUUCGCCGUCACUCUGUGGGAAGUGAUGAGCCUGGCUAGGGAGAAACCUUUUCAACAUCUCACCAACGAUCAAGUGAUACAGAACGCUGAGCACAUGUACUACGGGGCAGAGUUACAGGUAUACCUCCCGAAGCCCACGAUGUGUCCCGAGGAAGUCUACAGGAUGAUGUGCUCCUGCUGGCGCAGGGACGAGACCUCGAGACCGACGUUCAAAGACAUUUACACGUUCCUGAAAAACCUGAUCGCAGACUAUCGACCCGGUGCAUAA